AUGUUCAAGGUUACCAGGGCCAUGGCUAUGCAGCCGACGCGCAUGAUGAUGAUGCGCCAGAGCCCGCAGCUCUUCAUGAGGCAGACGCUGCGCAUGCGCUCGCCUGUGCCGAAAGAGGAACAGGGUGCCCACACCGUCUCCCAGCGUCUGCGCCAGCUCAAGAACAUCCCCACUGAGAUUUGGCCUCUUAUCUUGGUCCUCGGCAUCGCCGUUGGAGCCGCCUUCUUCUCGCUCGGCCGGAAACUCGUCGUUGACAGGACUCUUCGCUUGAAGCGACAGGGCAAGCUCGACUAG